AUGGGAACGACACUCAAUGUAACUGACCCCAAGAAUCCUAGCGGCGCGUUUAGAUGUCAGUUCGCCAACUGCAACGCCAGUUACAGACGCAAGCAGCACUUGAAUCGACACGAAACAAAACACACGCAGCAGGAUAGCUUGCCUUGCUCAACUUGUAGUCGAACUUUCAAACGAAGUGACACACUUAAACGACAUGUUCGACGAGACCACAAAAUAAUCGAGCCUCUUAAGCGUGCAUUGCGGGCCUGCAAAAACUGUCAUGCAACAAAGUCUAGAUGCGAAGGAGGCGCACCGUGUGAUUGGUGCUUGCAUCGCAACAUUGAAUGCUCCCUCUAUGAUCAUUCUAGUUCGGUAGAAAGGCAAGGUCCAGAACAUCCAGCAGAUAGUGCAUCUAGUCCAAGGCACGAAGAGCUGGAUAUGGCUCCUUCAGAGAAGCGGGCUGAGUAUAUCAGGCAUUAUUUCGAAAACUUCCACUCGCAUUGGUCAUUUAUCCACAAAGGAUCCUUCGAUCUGCGCCAUGAAACGCCCUUACUUGUUCAAUCGAUGGUUGUAAUAGGUAUGUGGGUUAGUGGAGAUCAGUAUGCCAAGUUGGCAGCAGUGGAACUUCACGAUAUACUCGACCUGGCCAUUCGAGAUCAAAGGGAUAAGUGGGAUGGCUCGGAAACAGAUGAAGCGUGCAGUGCCUACUUCUGGCCCAUGCCAACCUUCCAGGCUAUCCUGCUGCAUAUAAUAUUCUCAAGUAUGCUCAAAGAACACACGCUUGAUUUGGACCUCAAAUUCUCCCUUUCAAUCGCAGAUUUCGAAUUACUCCAGGCGCUUAUUCGAACCUGUCGGAGACUAGGCAUGUUUGAAUACCCGAACAUACUUUCUAGGUAUAAAGACGCCACACUUACUUCAUUUAUAUGGGUUGGUAUUGAGGAAAUUAAGAGAUUUAAUAUAGCCCUGUACAAAGUUUGUGCAAGAUCAAGCAGCAGCGUACAAGACGGAGAUACGAAGGAUUAUGGCGAUGGUCUGGAAAAGCCUUUCCUGGCGGCGCAUGAACUUCAAUUUCCGCUGCCAAGCAGCAGCGCUUUAUGGAAUGCAGCCGGAAAGGCUGAAUGGAUGAUUCAUGGAAAGGGGAUAGAGCCGGUUUCUUUAGACGAUUACUGUGAAGAAAGCUGGAUCUCGAACUUCGCAAAGGUAUUAGAGUUUCUUGAUCCUUGA